UUCUUAAACUACCUCCUCACUAUCUUUGUGAAUUUUACCAAAUUCUUUGAUUUAGGGUUUGAAAUUUGUAAAGAGAGACAAAAGUAGUUGUGAGAGGUGUCUUGCACACAAUUUAUAAAUGGAAAUAAAAGUGAUGGAAAGUCGGAGGUGAAGACCAAAGACUCAAACCAGAAUUGACGGGGCCGCAGAACAAGCCACGCGUUGCACGUAUCUCACAAUUGGCCACAUCCGUCUUCAAAGAGGGCCAAUUCAAAGCUCUCAUCUCCACUUUUCAACUCAAAACAACCAAACACAAGAUCUGUUCCGACUAGGGUUUCUUUUCUCAAACUCCCCGCCCCAGGUUCGUUGCAUUUUCCUGCAUAUUUUCUGCUCGUUUGCUUAGAAUUUGGAGGGAAACAGACGUUGCACUGUUUUUUUUUUUUUUUCUUUCUUUCCCGGAGUGGGGGGGGGGGGGGGGGGGGGGUGGAGUAGUGGUGUGUGUUGUGGGUUGUUCUUCCCUUAGAAAACGGAAGUAAUCGACUCAACUGAAUGUUGGUUUCUUGAUUAGGACGAUAAAGCAGUUCGGAUUUGUUUUCCGUUUGUUUUUCCGGCAAAUUUUAUCGGAAAACUAAAGCGAGGUUUUUUUUUUUUUUUUUGUCGAAAACAUUGAUCUGGACUAUUUUGUCCCUGAGGAAAGAUUCGUUGUUUGCAACUUUGCAACUGUUUGGCUCAAUUAGAUCGAUACUUUUGUCCUUUUGUGUACUGGGAAGCAAAAGGAAACAAGGGUAGGAACUGCAGAUACAUAUUUUUUUUAUAUAUAUGCUUCAAAAAUUUCAGGGACCGAGCAGAGCCUCUUUUUGUUCUGGAAAAGAUGGAUAAAUUGAAACUGGCUUCAUUGGGUGAGAGAUUAAAAACUGGAGGUGCACAAAUGGGAAGAAUGGUGAGUGGAAAAGUGAAGGAGAUAUUGCAAACCCCAACUCAAGAAUCCAAGAUGGUUGAUGAGGCUACUUCCGAAAGCUUGUCGGAUCCUAAUUGGGGUAUGAAUUUGAGGAUAUGUGCAAUGAUCAAUAGUGAAGAGUUCAGUGGUGCAGAGAUUGUGAGGGCUAUAAAGAAGAAGAUAUCCAGUAAGAAUGUUGUGAGCCAGAGGUUGAGUCUUGAUUUAUUGGAGGUUUGUAGCAUGAACUGUGAGAAGGUGUUUUCAGAGGUGGCUUCUGAGAAGCUAUUGGAUGAUAUGGUUAGGAUGAUUGAUAACCCACAGACAGAUCACACUAAUAAGGAAAGAGCUCUGCAGUUAAUCCAGGCUUGGGGUGAGUCUGAGGAUCUUGCAUACUUGCCGGUAUUUCGCCAAACUUAUAUGAGCGUGAAGAGAAGCGGCACACCUCCACCAGUACAAGACGGGAGUUCUCCCCCCAUUCCAUACUCCCUGGAAUCAUAUGUCCAUCAACAGCCGCUGUCUCCCCCUGGAUCAUAUCCUAUCCCUGAUGCAGGUUUGCAUCGUGCGGAUAGCACUGCUUUUUCCUAUAACUAUGGCAUCCUAUCAAUGAAGGAAAAGAAAGAAUUUCUUCUUAUCACUAGAAAUAGCCUUGAACUGCUCUCCAGCAUUUUGGACUCUCAGACAGAACCAAAACCCAUCAAGGAUGAUCUGACAGUGAGCAUGGUUGAGAAGUGCAAGCAGUCACAACCUGUUGUACAGAGGAUUGUAGAAAGCACAAUUAACGAUGAGGGGAUGCUCUUUGAGGCUCUAUAUCUUCAUGAUGAACUCCAACAAGUCAUUUCCAAAUAUGAAGAAAUGGAAGCCAAGUCCACUGCACAACUGCCUGAAAACCCUAAUACAGCAGGGGGCAAUUCAGCUGAGCCAGUCGAGCUUAAUGAAGCAAAAACAGCAGAAUCUCCCAAGGGAGAAAGCGGUGAAGCCAGCAAUGAAGCCAGCAAUGAUCAGAAAAGCAUUUGAUGCAGGGAAAUGGGCACAGGUACCGUAUGUAUGUUUCGUGGAAUAUCUGAAUCCUUUGCCACUUAUGGUUCAAUAAUUUUACUAUCAUGCUCUUGUAAUUAGUUAACAGGGGUUUACCUACAUUUGGUUAGGGGGGUUAAGCCAACAUACAAUCCUUUUAUUGUAAUAUAAUCUUUUUGGAGACUUGGUAA